AUGUACGACUAUUCGCAGCGGCGAACUAAGCGCCGAAUGGAGAGUUUUAAUGCCCGAUCCCGAUUAUCAAAGGCUCUGGCAGAGGAGUCCUCAGAAGAUUCUGAGUCUCCUGGCCACCCAGAGAACGAUGACGCUCACGAUGAACCACCCGAACCCGUCGAGAAGAGACAUGGUCUAACUGAGAAAGACUCCCUCAAGAGACGUCCCCAGGCGCAUACAAAUGCAGCCACGAAGCCGAUUCGACGAGUGAGGUUUCGAGAAGACGAAGACUGUGCAACAAGGAAAAUCGAAUGCUUGGAAGGGGAAGUUGAAGCUCUCAAAAGGAAGGUGCAGGCUCUUAUGAAGAAGUGGGAUUUCGUGGAACCAUUUUUGGAAACGCAGUGCAAGGCAGAGGGGGUGUCCACCCUCAAAAGAAUCCUAAUCGUCAACAGCUAG